AUGGCCGCAGCAACCACGACGCCCAUCCUCCGCCCUCGUGACCCAAACACGUUGAGCAACUACACAGCUUGGCGCUCUCGCCAUAUCACCGCGAACUUCGAGAUUGACUUCAGCAACAAGAGGCUCGCCGGCAAUGUGAUUCAUCAAUUGCUCUCCAAGACGCAAGCCGCGACGCGGGAAAUCGUCCUUGAUACGAGCUUUUUGGAUAUCUCGCAGGUGAAGGUGGAUGGCCAAAAGGCGCAGUGGGAGUUGCUGCCGCGCUUUGAGCCGUAUGGGAGUGCUUUGAAGAUUGUACUCGAGACGGGUGUUGAGGAGGGUAAUAUUGUGGAAGUUGACAUCUCUCUCAAAACCACCGAAAAAUGCACUGCGCUGCAAUGGUUGACAGAAGCGCAAACAUCGAACAAGAAACACCCAUACAUGUUCUCCCAAUGCCAGGCUAUCCACGCCCGCUCCAUCUUCCCCUGCCAGGAUACGCCCGAUGUGAAAACCACAUUUGACUUCAACAUCACCUCUCCAUUUCCUGUCGUUGCUAGUGGAUUGCCUGUGCGCGAUGCCAAUGCGAAGUCUAACAAUCUCUACAAGUUCAAGCAGAAUGUUCCAAUUCCUAGCUACCUUUUCGCCGUGGCUAGUGGAGAUUUGACCGAAGCCCCUGUCGGCCCACGAAGCGUGGUUGUGUCCAGCCCGGACAAGAUUGAUGAUUGCAAGUGGGAACUCGAAGCGCAUACCGAGAAGUUUAUCGAAGCUAUCGAGAGAAUAGUAUACCCCUAUGCAUGGGGCGAGUACAAUAUCCUCAUUCUUCCUCCCAGUUUCCCAUACGGCGGUAUGGAGAACCCUAUCUAUACAUUCGCGACUCCGAGUUUGAUAUCAAAGGACCGAGAAAAUGUAGAUGUCAUUGCUCAUGAAUUGGCUCACAGUUGGAGCGGUAAUCUAGUGACCAAUGCAUCUUGGGAGCACUUUUGGUUGAACGAGGGCUGGACUACUUAUUUGGAACGUAGAAUAAUGGGUGCAGUACACGGUGAAGCACACCGUCAUUUCUCAGCCAUCAUCGGCUGGGACGGGCUCACGGACUCCGUCAAAGAGUUCGGAGAGGACAACGAGUUCACCAAAUUGGUGGUUGACCUGAAAGGAAAGGAUCCCGAUGACGCUUUCUCCAAGGUUCCCUACGAAAAGGGAUUCACCUUCUUGUUCUACCUUGAGAAUCUAUUGACCAAGGACUCCUUUGAUAAGUUUAUCCCUCACUACUUUACUGUUUUCAAAGAAAAAUCCCUCGACUCUUAUGAAUUCAAGUCCACCAUCCUUGACUUCUUCGCCAAUGACCCCGUAGCCACCAAACGUCUCAACGAAGUCGACUGGGACUCAUGGUUCUACUCGCCCGGUCUUCCCCCCAAACCAGACUUUGACACCUCCCUCGUCGAUAUCGUCUACGAAUUAGCCGACAAAUGGAAAUCUCUCUCGUCUUCCUCGUCAACCUUCACCCCAUCAAAGGAAGACAUCAAGGGUUUGAGCGCCAACCAAUUCAUUGUUUUCCUUGAGCGAGUCACCCUUUUCGAAGACCCAGCACUCAGCUCAGACUCGUUCCGUUUGAUGGGUCAAGUGUACGGCUUUGCAGACAGCUCGAAUAUCGAAGUUACAAAUCUUUAUUUCAGAUUGGGGUUGAAAAUUGGCGAUAGGUCGGCCAUUGAGCCUACCGUGAGGCUCUUGGGAGAGAUUGGCAGGAUGAAGUUUGUUCGACCUUUGUUCCGUGCUCUCAAGAAUGUUGAUCGUCAGGUUGCUGUUGAGACAUUUGAAAAGUACAGAGAUUUCUACCACCCUAUUUGCCGUGGAAUGGUAGAGAAAGAUCUCGCAAAAUAA